AUGUCUCCCUCGUCUCCAUCGAACCACCCUCCCGCACAUCUCCAACGAGCAAAACACGAAGCGUCCAUCAACCGCAAUCCACACCCCGACUUCCACCUCGUGCAGGCGUCACGACCAGACUGGAGGUCCGAGGACGCCGGUUACCACGCGUCGUCGUCGUCGUCGUCGUCGUCGUCGUCGUCUUGGACGUUUACAAAAACUCGCGAUCCAAACUGGACAUGGGGCCAGGGCGGCAACGACAACGGGGCGUCGCUGACCAAGGACCACGUCGAAAUCGACCCUUAUGCUCAAGGGCGGCCGUCGGCGUUUAAUUACAAAUUGCUCAUUUCAGGCUUCGUGCCCAGACCGAUUGGGUUCUUCAGUACGAUUUCCAAGGACGGCAAAUCCUCAAACCUCGCUCCAUUCUCCUACACCAACCUCGUUUGUUCGGACCCUCCGAUGUUCACCGUGGGAAUCUCGGGCGGUUUACAGAAUGCCAAAGACACGCUCAAGAAUCUCAUUGAUACGAGAGAAUGCGUCCUCAACAUGGUGUCGGAACACUUCAUCGAAGCCGCCAACGCGACGUCCAUCAACGCGCCCCCGGGCGUGUCGGAAUGGACGCUCUCGGGACUCCACGCCGCCCCCAGCACGCACGUGAAGCCGGCGCGGGUGAAGGAGAGUGUGUUCGCGGUGGAAUGCAAGCUGGUCGACGAGGUCAAGGAGUUUGAAAGCCGAGCCAAACCGGGCCGCAAGUCUGGUGCCAUGGCCCUUCUGGAAGGGGUGAAUUUCUGGGUGAGGGAGGAUGCCGUCAAUGAGGAUCUGAAUAUGAUUGACCCGAAUGUCCUCCGUCCAAUAUGUAGAUUGGGCGGCAUCACUUACGGACGGGUCACCGAGGGAUUUGAACUGUUGAGACCAGAUUACGAAAAGACAAAGGCGUCGGGAGCGUUGGACGACUCAACAACGACAGCAACGACCAUCGCCACCACCACACAGCUCGCUGGAUCAGGGGUCAAGGCUGAUGCACUGACACCGACACGCACCAAGGACAAGUUAUGA